ACAAGGGUGACCUUCUUGGGCUUCUCAUUGAAACGCGUUAAUUAGUUUCGUGUAUGUAUCUAGCUAGCUAGCUAAUCCCACAGACUCAAUCAGUCUUUACUGAGAAGAAGACAAGAGAGAAGAGAGGGGGUGGUGUUUAGGAGAGUGAGAGUGAGAGUGCAAGUUUGAGUUUGAGAGGAUCCAUUAAGAUGGGAUCAAAAACAGAGGAAGUAGUAGAUUACACGUUGAUGGAGGGAGCAGUAGAAAAAGAGGGGCAGCACUGUUGGAGCAUAAGGAGAGAAGUGAAAGCGGUGGGGGAGCUGGCGUUUCCGAUAGCCUUAACGGCGCUGAUAUUCUACGCGCGUUCCAUGGUAUCGAUGCUGUUCCUGGGACACCUAGGAGAGCUAGAACUGGCAGCAGGGUCCCUAGGAAUGGCGUUCGCGAACAUCACAGGCUAUUCGGUGCUGUCGGGUCUAGCACUCGGGAUGGAACCGCUAUGCUCCCAAGCAUUCGGCGCAAAACGCGUGAAUGUGUUGUCGUUGACCCUCCACCGCUGCGUCAUGUUCCUGUUACUCUGCUCCAUCCCAAUAUCACUCCUCUGGCUCAACAUGUCCAACAUCCUCGUUGAUCUCUUGCACCAGGACCCCAACAUCACCCUAAUGGCCCACACCUACCUCCUCUUCUCCCUCCCCGACCUCCUCACCCACUCCUUCCUCCACCCAAUCCGCAUUUACCUUCGCGCCCAGGGCGUCACCCACCCUGUCACCUUAGCUUCCCUCGCCGGAACCCUCCUCCACCUCCCCUUCAACUACCUCCUCGUCACGCGCCUCCGCCUCGGCCUCGCCGGUGUCGCCGCUGCCUCCGCCGCUUCCAACCUCUCCAUCCUCCUCUUCCUCGGUGCCGCCGUCUUCUUUUCCGGCUUGCACUGCUCCGCGCCGAGCCGAGAAUGUCUCAGCGGCUGGAAGCCGCUCCUUCGGCUCGCUGCGCCUAGCUGCGUCUCCGUUUGCUUGGAGUGGUGGUGGUAUGAGAUCAUGAUCAUUCUUUGCGGGCUUCUCGUGGACCCCACCGCUACCGUUGCUUCCAUGGGGAUACUCAUUCAAAUCACUUCACUCAUCUAUGUUUUUCCCUCCUCGCUUGGUUUCGCGGUUUCGACUCGCGUCGGGAACGCGCUGGGAGCCAAUCGUCCCUCUCGGGCCAAACUAUCCGCGGUGGUUUCUGUUUUUCUCGCAGCGAUUAUGGGAUUCUCGGCGAUGUUUUUCGCCGUCGGGAUGCGGCGGCGGUGGGGGACGAUGUUCACCGCCGACGAGGACAUAUUAAGGAUCACGUCGAUGGCGCUGCCGAUCCUCGGAAUUUGCGAACUCGGGAACUGUCCGCAGACGGUGGGGUGCGGCGUCGUUAGAGGGACGGCGCGGCCGAACACGGCGGCGAAUGUGAACCUGGGCGCGUUCUAUUUGGUCGGGAUGCCCGUGGCAGUUGGACUUGGGUUCUGGUUUGACGUUGGAUUCUGUGGGCUAUGGCUGGGCCUGCUCUCGGCCCAGGUGUGUUGCGCGGGUCUUAUGUUGUAUGUGAUUGGGACCACCGAUUGGGAGUUUGAAGCCCAUCGGGCCCAGUUGCUGACGUUGGUCGAAGAUGGAGUGAUGGACGGACAGAAACAGCCGUUGACGGGUGUUGUUACUGAGACUCCCUCGUCUUGAUCGUUUGUUUGAUCAAAAGCAACAACACCCCGUGCUGAUCCUGAUGGGGUUAUUUUGUAAUUUACUAAGGUCAAAGAAAGUGAAUUAUAACUAUAUUUAUUUUUUUUCGCCUCUUUUUUUUUUUUUUCCCACCCAUAUGGGAACUGGAUACAUAUACAGAGGAUAACUUAAAGGAAAUUAUUCUGUCUUUUUCCA